GGCAAAUACUUGAGGGACUAAGAGAAAGUAAUAUUCCCUCGGUACAAAGCCAAGUGUGACCAGCUGCUUCUAACAAACAGAAGCAUUGCUGACGCAAUCAGGCUACAAAAGGCGAGCCCCGAGCCCGCUUUCCCUUAUUCUGUGUCUGACAGUGAGCGCAGCGAUGGUGGAGGAGAAGAAAGGACAAGUUGCCAAGAAGGGCGCGAAGAAAGUGGUGAAGAGGGCGCCAGCGAAAGGCGGUAAGAAACGGAGAAGAUGUAGGAAAGAAAGUUACUGCAUCUACAUCUACAAAGUGAUGAAGCAGGUUCACCCCGACACCGGCAUCUCUUCCAAGGCGAUGAGCAUCAUGAACUCGUUCGUCAACGAUAUUUUCGAGCGUAUCGCGGGGGAGGCUUCCCGCCUGGCCCAUUACAACAAGCGCAGCACCAUCAGUUCCCGGGAGAUCCAGACCGCGGUGCGGCUGCUGCUGCCCGGGGAGCUGGCCAAGCACGCCGUGUCGGAGGGUACAAAGGCGGUGACCAAGUACACCAGCUCCAAGUGAGACCCCACAUUGUGCAGAGAAAAACACAUCCAAAACCCAACGGCUCUUUUCAGAGCCACCCACAAUUUCAAUGAAGCAGUUGAACCAUUUUUCGUUUGUAAAUGAUUCUCGGUAUCUAUAAUUAAUGUCCCUAAUCUUUAUCUUUGUUUACACAAACGUUCUAAAAAUUAAUGUGCUGGUCCCUGUCCCUUUCUCCGUUACUUUCGGUUGCCUUCCUACCCAGUCUCUCCUCCCUCCCUGCACAGAUGCAUAUUUAUCGUCACUCAGUCAUUUUUUCCAGCACCUACUUUAUGUUCCAGUUAUUAUUUACCCCAUGAUCAGGAAUUUCACCCCCUGGAAAGAAAACUAACUGCUCGAGUCCCACGAACAUAUUUUGCAGAAUACUUGUCAUUGAGGAUUUCAGCUGUGGGUGAGAGGCUUUCAAAAUGAACUGAGAUAAAGCCCGAGCCAGGAUUGCAGUCGCAAGUGUGAAACUGUGUUCAAGGACAAUAUGGGAGGGCAACUUCAAACUAUUGUUUCAAGUUUUAACCCGCUCACCCGGAAGAAAAACGUUGUGUACGUUUUUAUAAAUACAUCAAUGUUAAAGUGAAUUAAAUUCAAAGAAAAAUUAAACUGUUCAUUCCUCUUUGUGAAACUCCCCCCACCCCACCACAUAUCCUACAUGUUGGUUUUUUUUUCAAAUUUGUCCCAAUAGGGUAUGAACGCUGGAUUUCACCCGCGAAAAAUUAUGAUCUCUUAUUUGAGUCCCAUUAGUAGAAAUGUCGUGCGAUUCCUUUUUCAAUUUCCAAAUCUGUCAGGGAAUUUAUCCGAUUUUUUUUCAGUUUGCAGUGUGUGGGGCUUUCUGCUGUCGGUG